AUGAAGCAGACCGUCGCAGCCGUUCUCCUGGCCUCUGCCCGCGGCAUCGUGAUCCACGCCCCUGCAGGAUCCAACUUCGAGUUCGGGAGCCCCAAGUGCCCUUGCGUCGGCGUCGCGGGCCUGGACGGAACCACGGAGGUCAAGGUGUCGAAGAACAUGACGGCAGACUUCCCCGCCGACUUCGGUGCACGCUGCGCUGCGUGGGACAACAAGCGCAACGGUGCCUACUGCAUGCCUGGUCAGGAUCCAGGCGCGGACAAAGGAUGGUGCGCGGAGCCCUACUGCUUCGUCGACCCAUGCAACUGUGACCUCGACGUGCCUCCAACGCUGGCAAACAGCUACUUGCCGGAUGCCAGUUACCAGGGCAAGGGUCUCUGGUACUCCUACGUCACCUGCGGAGGCAAGGACUAUUGGAUGGAUGCUGAGACCAAGAAGCAGAAGCAGGAGGCCAAGGGCAUCUGCGAGAAGAAAGUGGAGGAGAAGAAGUGGGGCAAGGAGAAAUGCCGCUGCGUGGGCUACGAUGGGACUCCGGGCACCGUCAACGUCACCAUUGACAAGAAGGAGCUCAAGUACCCUGCGGACACCGGGGCCACUUGCGAGUCCUGGGAUGCCAAGAGGCAUCCGGAUUGCGUCGGUGACAAGCCUGCGGACUGGUGCAAGCAAGAGUGGUGCUACGUUGACCCAUGCGAAUGCGAUUUGGACGUGCCCCCCAAGACCUCGUCCUACUUGCCGUCCGGCAUGGUGAACGGCAAGCCCGUCUACUUCUCCUACGCCACCUGCGGAACCAGCGACUCUUUCUCGGCGACGAAUGAGGAGUCCUGCGUUUUCCAGAAAUCCCAGGACAACUGCACCAAGCUGGAGAAGUGCGCAUGGGAUGGCAAGGCCUGUCUCGGCAAGGACAUCGUGAAGACCUGUUCAGCACACAGCGGGGCAGGCGCCAUGAAGGCCACUCUCGCUGUGGCUAUGACCUUCGCUGCCGCAGUGAUGGCGUUUUAG